UCCUAAGGCUAUGGUAUUACGAGAUGGAGCCUUUAGAAGGUGAUCAGGUCAGAGGGGCUUUGCCAUUACAAGGGUGCCCUUUAUGCCACGUGAGGACACAGUGAGAAGCUGCCAACAGUGAAGGAUAAAGUGGGCCCUGAUUGGACCUUGAGUCUGCAGCCACCUUUGUCUCGAAUUCCUAGUUUCCAGAGCUGGGACAGAGGCCAAGGAACACCUUCCCAUCCAGGCUGCGGAAAGAAGGUUCAAGAGUCUUGCACAGAGCUCAUUAUCACCCAUCUUGCCUCCCCUGGGAAAGGCAUGCUCCCGCCCUCAGUCUGGAAGCCCAUGUCUGGUCCAGGUAAAUCGCUGAGUCUGCUCCGCAGAGGGAAAAUAAAUCAGUUCAGAGCUGCAGAGGAGAAAAUUUCAGAAGCCUUUGACUAAACUCACACACUAACAUCUAUUUUUUUUUUUUACUAACAUCUAAAUGCUGAUUAACAGAGAAUAAUUAAGUCAGUUUAAAUUUCUUGUGGGCUCAGAAAGGUUGCUUUUCUUAAGUUUACUGCACCACAGCUAAACAGUACUCUACUCUAUCUGGGAAGGGGGUUACCCUGCCUUCUGACCUUAAUUGCUACAAGGCUUGUCUACUUCCUCAGUGGAGGAGUAAAAAUUUUGGGGUGUUCUGGAAGGCCCCUUUGAACUUGGAGACCACUGGAUUCUGGCUGGGGCUUACAAGAGAGGGGCCCCAGCGGGCUGGGGACACCCUGUAUGAUGUCACCAGGCUUUGUGAGGCAUCUGCAGAGAGAGCAGACGGGCACAGUCCAGCACCACAGAAUCUGCCAUCCAGAUAAACAUUGUGACUCCCAGUUCAUCCACUCGGACUCCACCUAACUCUGUCUACACCUCUGCCUGGCAAAUACAGGACCCAGCUUCCUCAGUGGUAGGUGGAGGGGCCCAGUGUGCCAGGAAGCCAUUUCACUUAGAGUCAGUGGGAGCUGUGUGACACGUGGCUGAACUGUGAAUGGGGUCCUAACUCGGGGGAUUAGGAUGAAGAGGUUCUUGAUUUCAGGGCUGGGAAUACAGCUCAGUGGCAUAAGCGUCUGCCUGGAAAGCACAGCAGCCUGAGUUUGAUUUCUGGUACCAAAAAAGAACAAAAGUGUUUCUUGGUUUCUCAAGAGGGAGUGACCUCAGCUUUUGGGGCUGACUGGGCCCUGGAAUGGUUUUGUUCUUUAAAAAAACAGUCUGGUUUUCAUUAUAUGAGUCAUUAGGGGGAAAAGCCUUUAGGGUUGUGGAGGGUGGUAGAUCUUGAAUGGAGAGAAGUAUUAAGAUUGUCCCAGGAAGGCAAAGAGUUAAAAAAUAUUGAUUAUUGCCAGGCAUGGUGGUAUAUGCCUGUAAUCCCAGCACUCGGGAGGCUGAGGCAAGAGGAUUACUGGGAAUCUGUGGCCAGCCUGAGCUACAUAGUGAGUUCAAGGCCAGCCUGCACUGUAUAGUGAAACUCUAUCUCACAAAAAACAAAUUAAAAAAUACUGAUUAUUAACGGAUAGGCCUUGAGAACAUAAUGUUGAGUGAAAUAAAGCAGACAUACAACCUUAAAUAUUGCAUGGUUUCUCUUUUGUAAGAAAUCCAAAGUCUGAAUAAAAAGCAAAAUAACAGAUAAUAGGAAGUAAGAGGUAAGUGGAGAGGAGCUAAAGAGAUGGAGGAAGGGACGAGAAGGGGAGGAAAGAGGAUUAAUAAAUGAAUUAAGAUGUGUUAUAUACAAGCAUCCACUCCACACAAGAAAUACAAACAUUAUGUACGGCAAACAGUGACUUAAAAAAAAUUUUUUUUUUUUUUUGUCUUUUUGAGGCAGGGUCUCACCAUGCAGUUCAGGCGGCCUUGAGCUCACUUUGUAGCCCAGGCUGGUCUCGAAUUUGCAACAACUCUCCUUCCUCAGCCUCAUGAGUGCUGUAAUUACAGAAGUGUGCCACCAUGCCAGGCUAGCAAUUUUUUAAAAUACUGAUUAUUUACAGAAAAACUACUCACGUCAUUCUCUAAAACAGGUCAUACUAUCCUGACCUUAAAGUUUCACGUUUUAAAACAAACUCAGCAACAGUAAAUCCAGAUUUAUGCUUUAACCCAUGUGCCUGCGUGUGCGUGCGUGUGUGUGGACUGCUGAUGAUGUUUAACUGCCUUUUCUUUUUGCAGGAGUCCCCCAGGUGCUUUGCACUCAAAUGUUUUAUUUGCUGUAUACACAAAUCUCUAUCAAAGCAUGAUUUACAUACACAUCAGUGCUGCAUUCUUGUAGGCUGUGAGGUCAGCAUGUUCUAGUGAAGUAAAUAACACGAUUUUCUGCUGAGCAUACAGAGUCAAAAAGCCACCCACAGCCCUGUUACCCCUCUCUCUAGGUAUCAGGGGUUUUCUGUGUUUUGUGGGCGUAUGAGAGCCGGGUUAGGAGGUGAGGUUUGCAUUCCAGAGAACUAGCAAGCUCUACUUUAAGAUAAUGUGAUACAGGCACUGUAAGAAUUAACUAGUAAAACAAUAAAAUGGGUUAUUUGUACAUUUACUCUAAAAAGAGUGUUCCCCAAGUUUACUGAAUAUGUUAGAAUUCUUUGAAAGAAUAUACAUUAAUUUUUAUGUAAUAAUCUUGACAUAUAACUACAGAUAUAUACUUAACAUAUUAGAUAUGAUUGCUUCUCUUUAAGUUUUUUUUUAAACUGGUUUCUAUUUGUUUUGGGGUUUUAGAGAAAGUUAACACAGAAGGCUUUCAAAAUUUAGACAUUUGGUAGGAAUAUAUGGUGGCAAUAUAAGUUAAAACAACAUCAUUUACUUGUUUGUUCAUUUGUUUGUCUGGAGGUAGAGGUGCUGGGGAGCAAACCCAGGGCUUACCUCCAGCUACACAAACUCACCAAGCUAUAUAUUCCCAGCCCUUGGCUAUUUUAAUCCGUCAUUUUCCCAAUUUAGAAAUUAUCUUCCUCUCCUAUACAUUUGAUAUUUUUUAUGUGAAGAGUCAAAUAUUUCUCUUGUAAAGUGUUUCCCUCUCAGUCAAGGAGCUGUCACUGUGCUUCUGGGAUCUUUAUCAGGUGUUCAACUGUGUGUCCUGGGAGGACCCUCCCCUCCCUCUGCCUAAGCACGUCAGGGUGGGUCCCCCAAUCGCUGGCAAAGGCUGAGUCUGCAGGUCUGGGGGAUGUGCAUUUUGUCUGCCAGGAAAUGACCCAAGUUGUUGAUCUGGUGACUGGAAGGGUCUUUUGUGGGGUUCCAAGGCCAAGGUCCUUUGCGGGUGCUUUGAUGGAGCUGUUCUGGGUCCUAGGGGCUGGACAGCAGUCCAGGUGCCCCCUAAAGCUCAGGAGUGUGUGCAGGCUUGUUCCCCUGGGUAAGCUCAAGGUCAGAAGCAUAGAAACCAAGUGCCGUUCUGGAAACAGACGAAAGGACCGCACUAAAAUGUUCAAAUCAGACUUUUGAAGAUCUAUGCUGACUCUCCAAAAUACACCGGACAAUCUGAGGGCUAAGCUAAGAUGUUUUCAUGUUAUUUCCUCAAGCUAUGCAGUCGGGAAUAGGGACCGAGGUCUUUAAACAACACUAUAUGUUUUAUAUUGUUUUCUCUGGUUAAUAAAUUAUUUUAUACAUGUCAAUUUUGAGAGCUUUGUUAAUAGUAAAAAGAUACACUUUAGGUAUGUGAUAAGGACUGGUAUCAAAAUGAUCUCUUUCAGACACUUAGAACUGAAUUUAAGGCAAACAAAUGAUUACAAAUCAUGGAAAUAUCUAAUAUUGCUUCUCUUAACUCAUUCUGAUUUAGGAAAUUGAAAAACGGACCUUUGAAAAAGCUAGAUUUGCCAUGCGAUAUAACAUGAUUCAGUAUUUAUUCUAUGGGUCUUCCAUAUUUGGCAUUGGGACAGUUCUGUUCUGUCUGUAUUUUCACCUUGAACAUAUGAGCAGCCCAUACAAGAAGACUCAGGAGCCCGCAUCGGCAUGGUCCCAUGCAUAUCAGCAAGCUCCCCAGGCCCCAGAGAAAAUAAGGAAGCAGCGCAGAAUACUGGACUGGGCUGAGGAAAAAACACAAAUAGAGCAGAAGCCAAAGUCUCCCUUAAAUCAGAAUAUUAAUUAUUCAGACCCGGAGCUUUUCAACGGAUAUUUAGAGUAUGGAUUUAAUGUCAUUGUCAGUAGAAGUCUGGGCCACGACAGAGAGGUGCCGGACACCCGGGAUAAAAGUUGCCGUCACAGACAUUACCCACUUCACUUACCGACGGCCAGCGUUAUCAUUUGCUUCCAUAAUGAAGAAUUUAAUGCCUUACUUCGGACGGUGUCCAGCGUUGUCUAUCUCACGCCACCUUAUCUCCUUGAAGAAAUCAUUUUGGUGGAUGACAUGAGCAAGUUUGAUGAUUUGAAAUCAAAGCUCAAUUAUUAUCUGGAAAGCUUUCGAGACAAGGUUCAAUUGGUAAGAAACAAAAAGAGAGAGGGGCUGAUUCGAGCACGGAUGAUCGGAGCAUGGUACGCCUCAGGCGAAGUCCUGGUGUUCCUGGACAGCCACUGUGAGGUCAACAGAGUCUGGCUGGAGCCCCUGCUGGCUGCCAUCUCUAAGGACUCUAGAACUGUUGUGACCCCUGUCAUCGACAUCAUUGACGGCAUAAGCCUGCAGUACCUGCCCUCUCCACUUGUGAGGGGAGCCUUUGACUGGAAACUCCAGUUUAAGUGGGACAGCGUUUUCUCCUAUGAGACUGACUCUGAAGGAAGUCCGACAAACCCAAUCCGGUCGCCUGCCAUGGCUGGAGGAAUUUUUGCCAUGCAUAGGCCCUUUUUUUAUGAACUUGGAGAGUACGACAAGGACAUGGAUCUUUGGGGAGGAGAAAAUCUGGAACUUUCACUAAGGAUUUGGAUGUGUGGAGGCCAACUCCUGAUAAUCCCCUGCUCCCGAGUGGGACACAUCACAAAGUUAUAUUCGAAACCUGACAGCGCUCUCAGCAAAGCUGUGGCCCGGAACCACCUGAGAUUGGUGCACGUUUGGCUGGAUGAAUACAAGGAGCAGUUUUUUCUUCGAAACCCUGAUUUGAAGUCUAUGACAUACGGAAACAUUAGUGAACGUGUUCAGUUAAGGAAACAGUUGGGCUGCAGGUCCUUCCAGUGGUAUUUGGAUACCAUCUUCCCAGAACUGGAGGCAUCUAUGUACAGCUGAUGAAAGGAUAACAAACCAUUUUCAUGAAUAGCUGAGAAAUCCCCUAGUCCUUCAAGACGGUGCCACCAGAGGACAAGUUUGCAACACUGUGGAAUUAUGUGAAAAGCAGUAACAAAUACAGCCAGAAUGGCCUACCUUGGGCGCACUGGUUUUCUUCCUUCAAUGACAGGUCCUAAUCUUCUGGUGCUUAUUGCUGCUGAGUUCCUGGGAUGGCAGGAUCCUGAGUGUUACAAACAUAAGCUGUCUCACAGUUGAGACUCAAGUGUAUAAUCAAUCCAGGGAAAGUGUGCUGUGUGCAAUUAUUUGCCAAACUCAUUGGUCCUGGUAGCUUCACAAGAGGGACCUGUUCCGCUCUGGAGCUUUGGCCAACCUGACUUCCACUCCAAGCAGCCCCGCUGAUGUGCUCACAGUGGGCCAUCUUGGCACAUUCUGACCUUGGCUGAGUCAGACCAAACUAAUUUCCUGCUGCCAGCAUAGAAGCUGGAGCCACAGCUGGCCUGAUUGGGUUCCCAAAUCUCCGAUGUACCAUCCACUUGAUGUAUGUCUCGGUUGCGUCCUGUAAGUUGCUCCUUCAUCUGUCCUGUCUGUCUGAGCCCUCCCUCUGAUUUUGCUUUUUUCAUGUCUGAGCCCUCCUGUGUCUGGCUGGUGUCCAUCCAGAUGGCUAACGUGGUGCUUUGGAGUUCACCCUGGUGAGUGUGGUUAGGCAGGUGAAAGAAAAUAAAAGAAGAACCUAUUGAAAAGAGCAGUGAAAGAAAUGGGGAAUAGUGGCCCGGGGUUUAGCCCAGCGGUGUGAGUGCCUGCUUGGCAAAGGUGAAGUCAUGAGUUCAAUCCCAUACCGAAAAGGAAAAAGAAAAAGAAAUGGGGGAGACUUCUGACAGGAUCUCCAAGCAUGGUCCUUUGAUAAAUGAGUGCCCACAACA